AUGGCGGAGAAUAAGCGCCAGAGUUCCGGUGCGAAAGGAUCUCAAGCUUCCGCUGGCACUGCGACUGCGUCCGGAAUGGCGGCGAACAUGGUGCCCUUGGAGGCUGCGUUGAGCGGCGCAAUCGGUGCUCGUGUCCGCAUCACAACCGCUACGCCAAACGCCUCCACCUUUGAGGGUCUACUUUUCACUGCGUGCCCUAUCACCAACCUAGUCGCGAUCAACACAUCCCCCUCUCCACCGGCCGGAGAUGCUAAGCAGGCACAGAGCGGCGACUACCACGUCAUUCCGGUAUCCCGCAUCCAAUCGUUCCAACUGCUCGCUCUUCCUUCAUCAAAUUCCUCCGAGUCCCCUUCCUUCACCGAUGCGCACCCUCCGAUCCAGGCGCUUGAUACCCGUGCGCUGAAGGCACGCGAGGCCAAGGCCAUCGGUGAGGCGAUGGAUCGCGAGGCGCGUCGUGGAAAGGGUGUCACUCGCGAGGCUCAGGAUAUCUUCGAUGCUUUCAGCCGGACCAUGCCUGCUCGUUGGAAUGGACAAAACAUCGUGGUUGCGGAUGCCGUGGCAAUUGCCCCUCCCUACCGGGUCGACGAUUGCCGUUCAUUGGUAGAGGGCGACACGGCUGCGCUUGCUCGAGUGCGCAAGGUGCUCGAGAUGGAGCGCAAAAAGAUCGAGCUUCGCAACGCGAGCGCAACCAUCGGAUCGACCAGCACUUUCGCCCGCAACGCAGGCGACCAGCGGAAAGGCGGAUAA